AUGGCGGCCACUGGAGCUUUGUCUCCAGAGCCGCAGAACAUCAAGCCCACCAUCGAGACGGGCGCAAAGCCUGCGACCGCACUGACGCCACCCACGAGCGAAGAGAUGAAUAACGACACCAACAAGGAUAACGAAGAGUCAGAUCUGAGUGAUUUAGACUUGGACGACGAAGAUGAGGAGGAAAUACUGCCAGAUCACUACUGGGACGGCGAGAAUGGCGGCAGGAUCCCCGUCUUCAAGCCGACCAUGGACCAGUUUCGCGACUUCAAGAAGUUUGUCGAGAAAAUUGACAAGUAUGGAAUGAAGUCUGGCAUUGUAAAAGUGGUUCCCCCACAAGAAUGGCGCGAGUCUCUGCCUGCUUUGGAUGACUACGUGAAGCGUAUCAAGAUCAAGAACCCGAUUACUCAGGAGUUCAAUGGUACCUUUGGCACGUACACACAACAGAAUGUCGAGAAGCAGCGCUCCUACAACCUGCCAGAGUGGAAGGCCUUGACCGAGGAGACCCAACAUCAGCCCCCUGCAAAGCGUGGUGAGAGGCGACGUAACCAGGCGCAGGUCGUCCGAGGUGGCGGAAAUCUUCGAACACGUGCGUCCGUUCUUGCUGAGGAGGAUGACGGUACCCCCAAGCCCAAGAGGAAGCCUGGUCGACCUCGUCGAAACCCACUGCCAACGGAAGAGCCCCCAUCGGAUGAUGAAUCGAAAGCGCAGCAACCGAUGACUCCAAGCUCUCCUGCUCAGAAACCCGCAAAGAGGCCAAAAGGACGACCACCGAAGAAUGGCGGCCAAGGCCAGGCAAAGUCGGUCUCAUCCCGGCGACUGAACAACACUGCUGAGACUGCGGAUUACAUCGACGAGAAGGCCUUCAAGAACUUCGAUUAUCGCAUGGAUCGCCUUGAUGAAUUCACGGCGGAGAGAUGCCAAGAGCUUGAGACGCACUACUGGAAGAGUCUUGCAUUCAAUCAGCCAAUGUACGCUGCUGAUAUGCCUGGCUCUCUUUUCGAUUACACGGUCUCCAGCUGGAAUGUCGCCAAGCUGCCGAAUCUGCUCGACAUUCUAGGCACCAAAGUUCCUGGUGUCAACACUGCUUACCUUUACAUGGGCAUGUGGAAGGCAACUUUCGCAUGGCACCUGGAGGAUGUGGACCUGUACAGUAUCAACUACAUUCACUUCGGUGCCCCAAAGCAGUGGUACAGCAUCUCGCAGGAAGACGCCCGCAAGUUCGAGCGCGCCAUGAAGCAGAUCUGGCCGGUGGAUUCGAAGAACUGCGAUCAAUUCCUUCGGCACAAGACCUACCUGAUCUCACCUGAUGUGCUGCAGAAGCAGUAUGGAGUGAAAGUCAACAAGCUUGUGCACUACGAAGGAGAGUUCGUAAUCACCUUUCCUUAUGGCUACCAUUCGGGAUACAACAUCGGCUACAACUGCGCAGAAUCGGUCAACUUCGCCACAGAGUCAUGGCUGGAGUUUGGUCGCAUUGCACGCAAGUGCAACUGCGAGGCUGACAACGUCUGGGUCGAUGUUGGUGAGAUUGAGCGCAAGCUUCGAGGAGAGCCGACUCCAGAAUACUACGAAGAGACCGAUGAUGAAGACGAGGACGAAGCUGAUGGCCAUUUACCGUCUCCACCUCCCAGUGUCAAGGGCAAACCGGCGACGAAGAAGCGCAAGCGCGAGACGAAGCAAGAGGCACCCCCGAAAAAGAAGAAGAAGAUUCUUAUCAAGAUCAGGAAGUCCACUCGCGAGCCGUGCGCCAUGUGUCCCAACGACAAUCCUUGGGAAGACCUUCUUCCCACCGACAAUGGCAAGAAGGCACACCGUUCUUGUGCCUUGUUUACGCCGGAGACAUUCAUCGUUAGCGAAGAUGGGAAAGACAUUGUUCGCGGUGUCGGCACCAUCGACAAGGCUCGGCUGGAGCUCAAGUGCAACUUCUGCCGAUCGAAGCGCGGUGCUUGCUUUCAGUGCUCUGCAAAGAAAUGCACUCGAGCAUUUCACGCUACCUGCGCGAUUGCCGCGGGUGUACUUAUCGAUGCAGGCCUGGUCCCGACGUUCAGCGAAGAUGGCACAGAGUACUACGAGGAAGGCUUCGAUUUCCGUUGCCGCUAUCAUAGACCUAAAAUGCCCAAGGUCGUCAACGUGGACAACUUGGAGAGCAACAAGCUGGUCAUGAACUACGCCAAGAAGCUGAAGCCGAACGACACAGUGCAGGCACAGUAUGUGGGCGGAGAAGUCUUUGGUGGAUUGGUGGUGGAGAAUCGACCAGGCGAGCUUUCUGUCCUGGUCGAUGUUCUGCCUGAUGGAAACCGUGUUGAAAUCGAGUACAAGUGGCUGUGUGUCUUGGACCCCGAUGACUCUGUCCGACCUAAGCCGUCCGCUGCCGCGAAACCGUUGCCCGAGGAUAUGAGUAGAAGCCAUCUCUCUCUUUCAAACCGACAGGAUGGCGUGCCAAUCCAGGAUGAAGUCUUCUACACCGACUCCGCGUUCAAGUUCUUCGACUUUUACAACUUCCACACGCCACCGCCCGGCUACCAGACAGUCCUUUUCAAGGCGCCACAGAAGCUCAGGGUCGAUCCAAAGGCGCCCGAAUUCUAUUUCUACCUGCCGGAAAUCUCUACGGAAGCCAAAGUCUUCUUCACAGAUACUCCCGGCUCCAAGCAAAUCUGCACCAAGGCCAACUUCCAAGAGCGCAUGCAACCACCGAAGCCAGCGUACCAGUACUCUGGACCAAAGCAGCCCAUUGCUCCUGCGAACCUCAACACUUUCAACCGCAUUCAACCCAAUCUCACCAACAUCAAUACAGCUGCCGGCGCACGGAACGAGAAGCCUUACGUCUACAAGCCAAAGGAGCCUGCUCGACCCAACGUGCUAUGCGCCGUUGACUACCAAGCACUUGCAAAUCAGCGAAACUUCCUCGCAGAAGGCAACCGGCGGUCAUCGGUCUUCAGUCAAACAUCGCAGCAGCCGCCGCAGCAGCAUCAGCAGUCCCCGCCUGUGCAGUAUGGCUUCCAGAGCAACGACCCGUCACGUGGCUCUACGCCUCUGCGCUCUUUCCCCACUGAGCACUACUACUCAUCCAAGAUGCUUCCCGCUGCAUAUUCUGGCGAAUACUCCAAGUUUCGACGCGAAUCACAAGGUGCACAAACGAUGCAGCGGCCCAACUUUGACGUGCCAGGCUACAUCCCGAACUAUCAAUCAGUCUCGUCGCAGAAGGCGGUGAUGAAGCAAGAAACUCCGGUUGGAUCAGCUGCAGAACUUGCUCGGCCAGGCUCAUCCUCUGCAUUACCCCCGAAUCCAUAUGCACCUGCUGGCAGCCACUCGACAUCUUCUGCAUUGAACCACCACUCGCCUGCAGGAGCGCCUUUGACACCAGCGACCACAACCUCGUCUAACUCCAAGGGAGAUGGAUCACAUGCAGACCCUGCAUAUUAUCAGCAUCUGCAGCAGUUUCCAUAUCUCAUGAGCAGCUUCUCUCGGCGACCAAAGGUCUAUGAGUCCCCUUACUCGAUGGGAGGUGGCUUCUCGACUAAGUAUCUGCCACUUGAACUACAGAAGCAGAGUGAGGGAGGUGGAAACACGAGCUCACGCCAUACCCCGAGCAACUCAAUCUCAUCUCGCCGAAACAGCCAACAGUGGACGCCGCCCUCCCAGGUUUGGCAGAGUUCUGGAUUUGCAGACAAGCAUCGGACACCACCUCCGCCUCAGUCUCAGCAACCUCAAAUGCAGACUCAGCCCAUGCUUUAUCAGCAAGUAGGACCACGGAACUACCCACCUGCGGUGCAUCAGACAUCACAAGACUUUCAGCGGCAGAUUCAAGGCUUGCCAAGCACAGCGAGCCGCGACGGCGCACACGCGAGGAUGCUGAGAGAUCAAGGCUAUCUGCCAUACAACCAGUACCAUAGGAAUAGCUUCGGGCAUUCUUACGACUCAGCGAAGAUGUGGAACAGCCCGCAGGCCCCAACACCAAGUCCAUUGUCGGAUCCUAACACAACUCCGGGGUAUGGACGUGGUCAUACGCCGACCAACUCAGGGCAUUGGGGAUUGUUGCCACGGAAUGAGAACGGCCAGCCUGGCCAGCGACCGACUGGAGCAGGUUAUGGACCAAUGUUGCCGCAAAUGGGAGGCAACCAGGAAUCGUGGCGCUACAACUAG